AUGGUUUCUUAUAUGCAGGCGCCUUUCGCGAUGCAGGGCAAUCAUCAGCAGCAACAGCAGCAGGGGAUGCAUGAUAGCGGCAUGCUGAAUGGGUACUACAGGGAUCCGUUCGGGUCGGGCUCCUGCAUUGGGAGCGGAAGCGGAGAAGAUGGUGUAGGAACUUCUCAGAAUGGCAUGUCUGGCUUUGAUCUAUAUGCGCAGUACAAUAAAUGGCGAAAGGGGGGUUAA